CCUCUCAUCGUACAAGGAGAAACAGAUGACCCUACGACGUAUAUCGGCAACAAGGUCACUAUCCAAAUUGCACUCUCGGCCAAAGAUGCAGGAAAUGAUUCAGCUAGUGCCACAGUGAAUGUAUUGAAGCAUGAAAACCUAGUCAACAACUAUGGAAAUGGAACAGAUACCCAAGCUCUGGCUCUCAGUGCAAAAGGCUCCCGACAAGGUUUUUAUGGUUGCUCUUUUAGCAGCUUUCAGGAUACCCUCAGAGCAUAUAAAGGAACUCAACUAUAUAGUCGAUGUUAUAUUGAAGGCGCCGUUGACUUUAUUUUCGGUCGGGAUUCAAUGACAUGGUUCGAGCAAACGACAAUUGGGAUCAAGGCUUCAAAUUCAAAGGAAACGAUCACAGCUAGCGGAAGGAAUUAUGAAGAAAGUUUAGGAUUUUUCUUAUUUAAUCAAGCCAAGAUUAUUUCAGUGGGUGCCAAAGCUAAAUCUGCAUAUUUAGGAAGACCAUGGGGAAUCUUUGCUAGAGUAGGAUUUCAAAAUUCAUUUAUGUCAGAUGUGAUUAAUCCGGUUGGAUGGAUUGGUUGGAAUGUACCUUUAGAUCUUAGAAUUGAUUUUAUUGAAUUUGAAGAAUUCAAUAAUACUGGACCGGGAUCGUUGGGGAAAAGAGAACUAUCAAAAUCUUUACUUAAACCUUAUGUUCUUUCUGAUAUACUUCAACUGAAUUAUACUGAAUGGGUUGAUUUUAAUUAUCUUUAA